AUAAAAUAAAUCAUAAUGUGCGUGCUAGCAGCAAAUAACAAUACAACAACAACAACAGCAGCAACAAUAAACAACAAUGUUGUCGAUUGCGACGACGACGACAGCAACAGCAGCAACAUUGAAGAAUUGCCGCCGGCCAAGGUGAGCGUCUUCUUCAGCAGCAGCUCCAACUAUCAGAGCCGUGUACAGCAGCUGAUUAGCUUCAGCUUCACCUCAUCGUUUCAUCUCAUCUUUCUCACAUGGAUGCUGAGCAUUAGCAAAUUCUGCAAUGCAGCCGUGCUGAAUGCCGCCCAAGCCACUGCCGGCGCACCCAGUCCCAGUCUAAUAAUCGCCAAUCUAAGCAGCUCGGCGUUUAUGGAAAAGAUCAGAGCGAGUACGCUGGGGCCGCCGCUGGACAAACUAAAGAUCUUUCAACCAGCAGCGGCAAACAGUUUAGCUCCAAGCAGUGUCAAUAGCAAAGCCUCAAAUUUGCGCAUGGAUUACGCGUUUCUGAACGUCUCCGGCAAAUUAAAUACAACUCUGGAUAUAUCGCAAUCCUUGCCACACUACUGCGAGGAGAAGCAAUUUCGUUGCAACAACGGGCAAUGCAUACCCAUUCGAUUUGUAUGCGAUGGCGAUUCGGACUGCGAUGAUCACAGUGAUGAAAUGCAGGAGCAGUGCAGAUUCGAAGACUCCACUUGCGGCACGGAACAAUUUCGCUGUAAUAAUGGAAACUGCAUACCCAACAAAUGGCGCUGCGAUCGGGAGCGCGACUGCUCCGAUGGCUCCGAUGAAGCAAGCGCACUGUGCCAGAGCAAAGCUUGCUCAACGGAUCAGUUUGCCUGCAAGAGCGGCGAGGAGUGUAUUCCAUUGUCCUGGAUGUGUGAUCAAAGCAAAGAUUGUCGCGAUGGCAGCGAUGAGGCCUCGUGCAGUGAAACCUGCCGCUCGGAUGAGUUCACCUGCGGCAAUGGGCGCUGCAUUUUAGCGCGUUGGGUGUGCGAUCAUGACGAUGACUGCGGCGACCAUAGCGACGAGCGCAACUGCACCAAGACGCAAUGCCCAGACUCAAGCUUCAGCUGUGCCAAUGGCGAAUGCAUCAACAUGCUUUGGAAAUGCGAUAACGAUGAGGACUGUUCCGAUGGCAGCGAUGAGCAGAACUGUGGCCACAGGACUCACGCGCGCACACCCUGUUUGCCACACGAGUUUAUGUGCAACGAUCACAUCACCUGCCUGCAUCCGACUUGGCUCUGCGAUGGCGACAGCGACUGUCCCGGCGGCGAUGACGAGCAUGCGGAGAACUGCAAGCAGCAGAUCAACUGCCGUCCCGAUCAGUUCCAGUGCAAGGAUCACACCUGCAUUGCUGGCCAUCUCACCUGCAAUGGCCAAUCGGACUGUGCCGAUGGCAGCGAUGAACUCAACUGCCGCUUGUCGGCGCCCAUCAUCAGCUGCAAUGCCACCACUCAGUUCGACUGCGGCGCUGGCCAGUGCAUUCCACUCUCGAAGGUGUGCGACAAGCGCAAGGACUGCCCCGAUGGCGAGGACGAGCCGGCGGGCAAGUGCGGCAUCAAUGAGUGCGCCAAGCAGAACGCCGGCUGCAUGCACCAGUGUGUGGAUCACCCAGUGGGCUACCACUGCGCAUGCCACCAGGGCUACAAGCUCUCGGGCGACGGCCACUCCUGUGUGGACAUCAAUGAGUGCGCCGAGCCCGGCGUCUGCUCCCAAACGUGUGUGAAUGAGAUGGGCGGCUUCAAGUGCGAGUGCGAGGCAGGAUACAUUAGAGAUCCUCGCAACCACACACGCUGCAAGGCGACCGAGGGGCAUGCCUCGCUGUUGCUGGCGCGUCGCCAUGAUAUACGCAAGAUUGCCCUGGAUCACAUGGAGAUGACGUCGAUUGUGAAUAGCACAAAGUCGGCCACGGCCUUGGACUUUGUGUUCCGCACUGGGAUGAUCUUCUGGAGCGAUGUGACCACCCAGAGCAUCUACAAGGCGCCCAUCGAUGAGGGCAACGAGAAGACAGUGGUGCUCAAGCAGUCGUCGGUCACUUCGGAUGGGCUGGCCGUGGAUUGGAUCUACAACCACGUCUACUACACGGACACACACAAGUGCACCAUUGAGCUGACGAACUUCGAUGGCAACAUGGGCAAGGUGCUGAUCGAAGAUGCGCUGGACAUACCGCGCUCGAUAGCGCUCGAUCCGAUCGAGGGCUGGAUGUACUGGUCCGACUGGGGCGCCUCGCCGCGCAUCGAGCGUGCCGGCAUGGAUGGCAGCCAUCGCACCACCAUCAUCAACUACGACGUCAAGUGGCCCAAUGGCAUUACUCUGGAUCUGGUGCGCAAGCGCAUCUACUGGGUGGAUGGCAAGCUGAGCGUCAUUAGCUCAGCCAACUACGAUGGCUCCAAGCGUCGACAGAUUCUCUACUCGACCGAGUACCUGCGCCAUCCCUUCUCGAUCACCACCUUCGAGGAUUACAUCUACUGGACCGACUGGGACAAGCAGACGGUCUUCAAGGCCAACAAGUUCACAGGGGAAGGCGUUGAGCCCAUAACAGCAACGCAUAUGUUGCAGCAUCCCAUGGUCAUUCACGUUUACCAUCCCUAUCGCCAGCCCGAUGGCGUCAAUCAUUGUCAAUCGGUUAAUGGUCACUGCUCGCAUCUCUGUCUGCCCGCGCCGCGCAUCAACGAGCGCAGUCCGCGCAUCUCCUGCGCCUGCCCCACCGGUCUGAAGCUGCUGCCCGAUGGUCUCAUGUGCGUCGAAGAUGUGCGUAAGCGACACAAGCACAAACAUGCGAAAUCAAAAACAACAACGCACUUGGUUAAUCUGAAGCCAACGAUGGCUAUGCCGACUGAAGCGAAACUUCCACAAGAUGCGCCAAGUGUAGCGCCUGAGAACAAUGCAGCCGCCAAAAAUUCUUCAAAUGCCAACAGCAGCAGCAGCAACAGCAACUCAGAUGCAGCACAGACAACAACGCAGCAGGAGUCGCGUACAAAAAUCAUUUGUAUAGCCGUUGUGCUGUCGUUGGGCGCUGUCGUGGGCAUUGCCAUAUUUGUGUUCAAGAAGUAUCCGAAGCGUGGCAACUCAAUGAACUUUGUCAAUCCCACGUACAACAAGACCACGGAGGAUACGUUCAGCUUAGAGAAGAAUGCGCCGCCUAUAAAUAGAUAUGCCAAUGCAUUGGAGGAAGAGGAACCGCUGAGCGCAAAGGGCACAGAAUGCGUCUGAAUGACGUCAUAAGUAAGCCAAAUAAAUAGACAUAUCCAAAACUGGUUGCGAUUCCUUAUUCAACAUACAACAAGCAGCAUCAUUAUCAGCAGCAGCAGCAGCAGCAGCAAACAAAAACUCCUAUUUACAAGUCCUUUAAGUUUAAGGCAAAGCACUCAAAGAAACAAAGAGCAAACUUUGUAUAGCAAGUAGUAGACAGAAGCAUGCCAAAAAAAAAAGAAGAAGAAAGACAACAAGCAGAACAAAAAGUAGUUAAAAAA